AGUAAACAUUAAAAAAAAUUUUUUUUAAAGAAAUAAUGGAUUCUGUGUCUCCCUCUCUUUCUGCCUCUCUCCCACUCAUGCUCUCUCUCUCUCUAAAGAAUAAAAUUAGAACAUUAAAAAAAAAAAAAAAACCUAACAGUCAAAGUGUAUGUACAGGCAAUUUCAAUUUAUCAAAUAAUGCCUGACUGUUUUCCAAAGUGCAGUUUUCCAAUUAUGCAGGAAGAAGAACAUUCUAAACAGGGGCAGGCGUAGGACCAAGAAGAACUGUACACUCUGUUGCCUAAAACCCUCAGCGUUUUUCCGUUUUACUGGAACAAGAUCCAAGCCCCUGCUGUGAGUGCCAGGGCUUUGCAUGUUGAGGCCCCUGCCCUGCUCUCUACCAGUGCCAUUAUGACUCUGCCCCUCACCCCCAGUCCCAUGGUCAUGUGUGACUGCCUAACCCCGCCUCUGCCCCAGUGUUCUUCCACUAGACAUCUCCAUAGCUCUUUCCCUCAUUUCCUUCAGGUCUUUGCUAAAAUAUCCCUUCUCAGUGACACUUUCUCUGACCACCCAGUUUUAGAUGGCAACCUCCCACAUUCCUUACCCCCUCCUCAGCUUUGCUUGUCUCCACAGCCUGGCCACCUGGGUUCCAUUCAGUCUCAGGCAGCUCUCCCCUGGUCUGCUAGGACUUGACACUUUAUCUCCCCCCAAGCCUUAAGUGCCAGCAUACCUGACUGUUGGGGGCUGGCUACCUGGCCCUGCUGAUGGACUGGCCUCUCGGAGCCACUUCUGAUCCGGGCAGCCUGGGUUUCUCACAGUCGUUCUCAUGCUCUGAAAAAAAAGCUCAUGUAUUUUCUUUAUUUACCUGUUUGGUUUUGGUCCCCACCCUGCCCGAGUCCUCACUUUUAUGGGAGCUCUAUAAAAGAGGCAACCUCGCUGUCUUACUCACUACCCGAUAUAUGAUAAGUCCUCAAACAAUAACUGUCCAGGCUGGUUGUCAAUCUCCCAGAGACAUCUGAGCACCCCUACACCCACACCUGGGAACUGCCCUGUGUGGAAAUCCCCAGAACACAGGCAUCCUCCCUCCACUGCCAGCUCCCGCCAACUUCCCUGGUUCGGUGUCAGACAGCUUCUGCUGGGGGCUGCUGCUGCUGCUGCUGCUGGUGUUUCCCUAAAUCCCCUCUGGGGACUGUCUGGGAGCUCUGGCCGCAGCUUUUCUGGCCAUCAGGGCACAAGGGUGAUGGGCAGGGGUCCUUAAACAGGCAGGGGUCAGGUGCCUGGAGCUCGAGAAAAACCUUUUGAUGGAAUAAAGUGGAAGACUUCAGAGAUGAGAGGACCUCACCAGGUGGAGAAAAGAAAAGGGCACGCUGAGCAGAGCAGAAGGAACAGUGGGAACAAAGGACUGGAGGCAUGAGAGCGCAUGUCGUAUUUGAAGAACACGUUCUGGUCUGGUGCAGCUGGAGGGUUUUCGGUGGAAGGGAGCGUGGCAGGAGAACAUCCCUGGGCUGGCCUGGAGGGGGAGGGCUGGCUGGGGAGGUCUGAGCUCCCAGCAGGAUCAGCAAAGGCUCAGCAGUGUCUUAGGUUUAAUCCUGCCCCCACCCCUGCCUCUGUCAGUCUGCCCCUCCUACUUCACCCCUGCCCUUCCCUUCACCCAACCCCCAGCCUGGCCGCUCCUGCAGCUGAAUGGACUUCUCCCUCGGCCUACGCUUGGGCCCUCGCAACAAGAAGGCCACCCACCAACAGCCCCCUACACCCUCUGGGCACGCCGCACCAGCUGCCGCCCCUUGUCUGUCCUGUCCCCCCUCCGCCUGUUUUUGCCCCUGCCCUAGCUGUCCUCCUCCCACCUGCUCCUGCACUGCCUAUCCCUCUCAUGCAGCGACCUGCCCCUCCUGCCCCGGUCUUCCUGGCCCACCCUGUACCUGCUCCUGCCCCCCCUGCCCUGCCUGUCCUCCCCUGACUUGUCCCCACAGCUCCUGUGUCUUGUGCGCUGGUCCGCACGUGACCUGCUGCCACCCCUCACCUUGCCCAAUUUACCCUUGCUCCAGAGGCCGAGCUGCCUGUCCCAGCUCCUGCCUGGGCUGCAGUGACAGCUGUGGCUGUGGCCCAGGGGCUCCUCCAGGCUCCACUGGCCGCUGCAGCCGCUGCUUCCGGGGACAACGCACCUCUCAGAGGCACUGUCUCAUAGUCUAGCUGGACUGCUGCCCCGCUGAGAGGUUGUCGGUCUGGUCUCCCGGAGCACUUCUGCCAGCUGCUUCCUCUGGGGGGAGGCAGAAGCUCUGGAGUGAGGAGAGGCAUCAGCUAAACCCCUCACCCAGACAGGUAGAGGCAGAAGACUGCUCAGAGCCCCCGCGCAUCCCCCAUAGUCCCUGAGAGCGGGGCAUCUGCUUUGAUGUUAGUUUCUGGGCCUGCUCCUGCUGGUUCCAGAACCUCCUCUUCUGCAACUUCUGAAAUGGAAAGCAUGCUUCUCAGAGCCUCCCUCAAGGCCUCGGAAGGUGAGGAAGUUGGCCAUUUUCUUCCUGUAGUCAGCCUCUGCUGGACAUCCUUCUUGGCUCAUCUUCUCUGCAGUUCUCAUGGAUAAGGUACAUCCCUCCUCUAGAGGCAGUAGGGGGCCCUUUGUCCAGGGGUUGCCUCUUGCCACUUGGGCCUCCACCCAUAUCCCUUACUGACCCAAAAGUCUGUGGACCCCUUACCUCUCAUCCUGAGUCAGGCAAAGAAGGUCAGUGGCUCUUAGACCAGAGGAGAAGGCUGAGCAGAGGGUUCUUGGCUCUUCCCUCCCCUUGGAUAUCAUGACAUCCUUCAUGGUCCUUUGCUUCUAGGAACCUGGAGUUCUCUGCCUGGAUGUCUUGUCUUUCAAAUCUCUGAGUGCUCGCGCAGUGUCAUGACCUCAAUCUUCCAGCAAUAAUCCCCUCUGUUACAUCCAUGCUCAUCUGGCAUGGGGAUAAGGGAAGCUGGGAAGUCUGGUCUCAGUGAUCCCAUCCAUAUAGCUAAGUCAAAAUACCCUGUCCCUGUGGAUAGGACCUGAGUUUGGAGAAGCCACCAAGAGGAAGCUGGAAGUAAGAGCCCCAGGUAUCUGCUCAGGGCUGGACCCUAAGCUAAAAGCCCCUAAGCCUCCCUCCACACUCAAGUCCUCUGACAUCAGUCUGUUUCAAUGUUCUCUUUCUCGGCCUCCUUCCCUGAGACUCUUUUGAGCUUUCCUUUCUAUCUGUUUAUCUUUCUGUGUACCCUUCCUUCUGUCUUUCUACAUCACUCUCUCCAUUUCUAUUUCCUUCUUUCUGUCAUUGGGAGGUUCUGCCUUCACUUAACUUUGCCUCUACAUCAGCCUUCCUCAUUUUCUAUCCUUCUAUUUCUCCCUCCUUCUAUUUUCCCAUCUAAUGUAAAGUCUAUUUAACAUAUAUGUCUUUUUCUUUCCCCCUUCCCUGUCUCAGUUUGUGUCUUCACCUCUAUUUUCUUCCUUGGUCUUUCGAUCCACCUUAUCUCUCUCUUUUUCUAAGCAAGCUCUACGCCCAACAUCAGGCUCGAACUCAGGACCCGGAGAUCAAGAGUCGCACGCUCCACUGACAGCCAGCCAAACUCCCCUCUCUCUGCUUUUCUAUCCUGUUCUGCUUCUGGUGCAUUUCAUUCUCAAUCUCUUCCAUUUCUAUUUCCCUUUCUGUGCUUGCCUCCCUUCCAAUCUUCUGGGUCUAGCUGUGUAUUCAUUUCCUAUCUCUUUCUGCCUCCCCAAAUCUGGCUUUCUCUCUCUCUCCCUGGGUCCUGCAGGUGCCUCUACACCAUGCCUGUGUCAUGCCCAUCUCAUUACUGCACAAGGUCCAGGACACUGAGUCCUCUGAUGUCUGUCUGUCUCACACACACCCCAUGCCCUGGAGUGAGCAGAGCUGGACACAGCUACCAGAAUUGUCCUUCCUUUCCCCACCAUCUAGGCCAUCCAUCUCAACUCAGCUCCAAGCCCAAACUUUUAAAAAAUGAUGUUUCUUCCAAUUUCUUAUUCUGAAAAUUGGCAAUUAAAAAGAAAAAGAAUUGGGGUGCUUGGCUGGCUCAGUUGGUGGAGUGUGUGACUCUUGAUCUUGGGGUUGUAGGCUCAAGCCCCACGUUGGGUAUACAGAUUAUGUAAAAAUAAAAUCUUUGGGAAAAAAAAACAAUUAGGUAUUUAUGCUGCCUGUGCUGUAUAAACUAUAUUUCAGGGUAGCCAAAUAGCUCUUAAGAAGAAUUCCAGCUAAUGUGGAAGGAAUACGGAAUUAGAAAAAUCAUUGGGCAGCCCUUGAUCAAAUAAUUGAUCAAAGCAAGAAUCAUGAAUGGAUGAAACCAAAGAUGAUGGUUGAUGGUGAACUUUACAAUGGAGGAAUCAAGCCGUGACCACCUAACCCCACUGAGGAAUCUUACCAUCACUAAAAGGGGUAUAACCCCUCUACUGUGUACCUCCUGGGGUGAUGCAAUCUGAAGCACUCAGCACCACCCAUGAAAGACUCUUGCCAAACAAAGGAACAAACACACACACAAAACUGAACAUGAUUCUAAUCAAACCUCUAAAACCAACCUCCAUUUAACAGGAAAUAUCAGGGAUGGAGGAAUAAUUUAAAUGACACAACGAGGAAGUAAGAAGACACAUCCAGAGAGUGGGAACUUUUCAAGGAAAUGUGGCUCAAUUUCUUCAACUAGUCAAUGGCUAGGGGGGAAAAUUGAGAGAGGACAUAAAAGGACUACUAUUAUAUGGGGCAUGUGGACUCUUUUGGUUCCUGAUUGGAUAACCCAAUUGUAAAAAGACAGUUUCAGACAGUUGGAGCCUUUUACUUACGGACUGGAGAAUGCCAAGGAGUCAGUAUUGAUUUUGUUAGACAUAAAAUGGCUUCAGGGUUUUGUAAGAAAAGGGCCUUAUUUCCUAGGGGUGCAUAUUGAAGUAUGGAGUGAAGUGACAUACUUACUUUUAAAUAUUUGGGCAGAUAAAAAAGGACGAAUUAAAGGAAUAGAAGCAACGAAGUGACAGAAUUAUAUUAUUGAAUUAACUAUGUAGGGGUUCAUAGAACUCUGCUCUCUACCUGUGUGUAUGUUUAAACAUUUUCAUAAUAAAAGUUUUAAAUGUUGCUCCUCUGGUAAGCACAGUCCCUCAAUAUUCCCAGACCACCAUCCCACCUUCCCUGAAAACUAGGACUUCCCCUGUGCCUCCCCAAUACACAGACCUCAGCCCUCCUUGCAG